UUAGAUUCACCAACUCCUCAUUUAGUAAACAUACAUUUUUUUUUCGAUCAUGGAACUCAUCAAAUCCUUUCUUCUCAAACCUUUCCACAAUUUUAUCCAUAAAGAUUUUCAUGAAGUUGUAGCAAGAAUGACCCUUAUGGAUAGAUUUAUCUUUCUCAUUAUUCACUUCAUCGACAAGUUAGGUAUAUGGCACAGGUUACCUGUGUUCUUAGGUCUGAUAUACCUGUCCCUGCGUCGGCAUCUCCACCAGGAGUACAACUUGUUCAACGUCGGAAAAUCCCCAGUCGGAGUACGAUAUAAUCCGGCUGAUUUUCCUUUCAGAACAGCUGAUGGAAAAUUCAAUGAUCCCUUCAAUGAUGGUGCAGGCAGUGAGGAUUCGUUCUUUGGCCGGAAUGUCCUUCCUGUUGAUCAAAAAAAGAAGCUAAUGAAACCAGACCCCGUAGUUGUGGCUACAAAGCUGCUGGCACGUAGAGAAUACAUUGACACAAGAAAGCAAUUCAAUGUAAUUGCGGCUUCUUGGAUACAAUUUAUGAUUCAUGACUGGAUUGAUCACUUAGAGAACACAGAUCAACAGGUUGAACUGGUUGCACCCAAAGAAGUGGCCAGUCAAUGUCCUCUCAAAUCAUUCAAGUUCUACAAGUCGAAGGAGGUCUCGACUGAGCACGGCUAUUAUGGUAUCGGCACCGGCUAUUUGAACCGCCGAACAGCUUGGUGGUAAGAUUUUCUAUUUUGGAAGGUCAUAAAUUCACAAGUCUAAGCAUAAGGUUAUGUCACGUCAAGAACGAAUGGAGUUGGGACAACUUUUAGCUUACCCCAGACCUACCCAAGGCC